AUGGCCAACUUUCAGCACCCCUUUCAAAGCUUGACGGCUGUCAGACGGCAAUCUCAAGGUCUUUCUGACGUGCUCAUAAGCUCUGCAGGACCAUAUCUCUACUCUUACGUGGCGGAGAGCGGUCAGCGCCUCGCGGUAUGGCCCAAGCAGAUAAACACUAGUCACACAGUAGCUCCUCUUUCUACUUCUGAGCUGGAUGAUCAGGCGCCACCUGAGAAAAGGAUAAAGCUUUCCCCGUCCGAGAAUGGAGCGGAGAGCAGCCCAGUGACAAGCAAUGAUGAUUCCAGCCGCACUUCUCCAACGUGGACAAACAUCCCCGUCGUGCUGUCGACUUCCAAUGGCAAGCAUGUAGUAGCUUUGACCGCCGAAGACAAGUGCAUUCGGGUCUUUGAGAUCGGCCAAGCUGGCGAGUUCACACAACUCAGUGCUCGGAACAUGGCCAAGAAGCCAUGUGCUUUGGCGUUGGCUGCUGAUGACCAAAUCAUCCUGUGUGCCGAUAAGUUUGGCGAUGUCUAUUCCCUUCCGCUGGUCCCGGGGGAGUAUGUGAAGCCCAGGGUUCAAGUGAAAAAGACGAAACCUGUUGCAACCCCACUCACUGUGCAUUCGAAGCGAAACCUCCGUUCGCUUGAGCAGCAGCACCUCCAAGCGGAGCGCGCUGAAAAGGCCCAAGAAGAAGCUGAGGAGAAGACGGCAUUGAACUUUGAACACCAGCUAAUUCUUGGCCAUGUGUCUAUGUUGACUGAUAUCGUGGCUCUCACCCUACCCGGCCCUGAAGGUGGUGUUUCACGGAGCUAUAUCCUCACCGCAGACCGUGACGAGCACAUUCGUGUAUCCCGUGGUAUUCCUCAGGCCCACGUAAUCGAGCAGCAUUGCCUGGGCCACACUUCGCUAAUCAGCAAACUCUACGUUCCUCCCUGGGCCCCUCAUGUUCUGGUAUCCGGAGGCGGUGAUGGUCACCUGUUUGUGUGGAACUGGAGCGAGGGCCGAAUCCAUCAAACUGUGCCCUUGGAUGGGGUAUCUGAGGACGCAGUUGUCAGUGGGAUAUGGGGAUUUGUCUUCGACAAUGGCUCUGAGUCUGCGCGAGUCAUUCUGGUUGGUAUCGAAAGCUCGUCGCGCCUUCUCUGCUACAUUCUUGAGGAUGACUUCAGACUUUCAUCACGCGGCAGUGUCCAGUUUUCUGGAAAUGUGCUCGAUCUCGUUCCUAUCGGUCCUAGCGGUUCCGUGGUCGUGUCUGUCGAUGCCGUGCGUGAACCAGGCACUGUUGGGUCUUGGAAAACAAAUGUUGCCUCGCCUCAGCUUCUGGCUGAACGUCUUCAGCUCGGGUUUUCCUCCGGUGUGCUGAGUAUGGUCGUUGAUCAAGACUCAAUGACGGCAAGCAUCAAUGCUGCUGGGACCUCAGAUAUUCCAUCGGCAAUCGACGCAAAGCAAAGGAAGGCCAUUGACGACACCCUUUACAACUUGGGUAAUCUCAGGAAGCGAACUUUCGAUGACUGA